CUGAAAUCUUCUAUCCCGUAAUGCUUUAGUCUCUGCUUAGAGCUCCGAAUAGAUCAAAGUUGUCGAGAGAUUUUUUUUCGAACAUGUUUUCAACGCAAGCUGAUUACCUAAAAGGUGGACUUAAACAUAUUUACAGUCUGAAAACUGGAGCUCCCAGUUCUUAUUUACGUCAGAAGUGUGCUGAUCUUGUCCAGAAAGCAACACUCUCACUUCAUAAGUUAGAUGAUUGUCCAAAUGCAUUCAUGUAUGGGGCAGAGGCAGGCUCCAUAGUAAUCAGGAAGGAGUUGGCCAAGUUCCUAACUGAGGAGUAGGAUGAUGCAGUUGAUCCCGAAGAUCUUUGGGUGAAUGCUGGUGCCUCACAAGGACUUGCAUUCAUUGGAAGCUUUCUCUUUCAACCUGGUGAUGUUGUUUUUGUGGAGGAGCCAUCAUAUUUUCUUGCUCUCAAGGUCUUGCAAAAUGAUCUGAGAAUGAAAGUCAUUGGUGUUCCAUCAGAUAAAGAUGGAAUAAUCGUCGAUGAACUUGAAAGACAGUUGAUGAAACAUGUCAGUGAACUGCCGCCACCAACGGAUAUGAAGCCUUACUCUGCCAUGCUCUACUGUGUGCCAACAUUUAACAAUCCAACUGGCUCUUGUCUUCCACCAGAGCAAUGCAAGAAAAUGAUCAACCUGAUGCGUAAAUACAAUGUGCUAGCCUUUUGUGAUGAUGUGUACAAUUUGCUGUCUUACACUGGUGACAAACCACCUCCGCAAAGACUUUAUGCAUUUGAUGACAAAUCAAAUGCAGAUUAUAAAGGGAAUGUCAUCUCUAAUGGUUCCUUUUCAAAGUUCCUUGCUCCAGGGCUGCGUCUUGGGUGGAUGGAGGUUCCUGAACGAGUUCGAUGCUUGUUGCAAAAAAGUGCUUAUGCCAUUGGUGGUGGAUGCUUUAACCACUACCUAUCAUGCAUUAUUGCUGUGGCAUUGCAAGAAGGGCUAGUUAAGGAUCACUUAUCAAUGGUGCGGAAGGUCCUUGAAGUGCAGCUCAAUGCAUUAUGCAAUGCCCUCAACAAGUAUAUACCUGAGGGUCAAAUAUCAUACCAAAGACCUAAAGGAGGUUACUUUGUAUGGGUUACAUUUCCACCAGAAGUAGAUUGUGACAAGCUGUUUAAAAUCUGUCUGGAAAAGUAUCUUGUUGAGUUUAACUAUGGCUCCCAUUUUGCUGCUAGUUCUGGAAAAUUUAAGAAUUGCAUGCGACUGUGUUUUGCAUUUAAUGAAUGUGAUAUCAUUGAACACUGUGUGAAACAAAUAGCACUGAGCUUAAAAGAGUUAGUCGGUUGAUGCAAGAGAUAUUAGGUCACAAUUGGGGUACAUUGAUAUGAUUAAUAAUUAAAAGUGGUGGCUUGAGGGAAACGAUUGCUUGAGCCAUUAAUAUCAAACCAUUUUGUUGCAAAAUGGCAUUUCUGAAUCCACUAGUCAUUACUAUGGUCUUGUCAGUUGUAACUGCACAGUGCAGCAAACAUAUGAAGCUCCAUAUUGUAAUUAGUCAGGAAUGUUUACAUUUGUAUGAUAUUUUCAAUCAUAUUGCACAUAAUUUUUUUUAUAAAAUAUUCUUAUAGUUGACAAUAAAUGUUGUAGUUUUUCAAUGA